GGAGAAUCCACAUUAGAUUGGCCACAUACCGUCUUCUUCAACCGUGUGGGAAAUUGCAGCGAGCGAUAGUUUCAUUUCAACAUUUUUGUUCGUACAAUGUGAGGAAAAUGUCGGAGCCAAGCUCUGAUUGGGUGGAGAUCCUGGAGCCGCGCUCGCGCGAGCGCAUGUACGUGAACCUGGCGACGGGCGAGUGCGGCUGGGAGCCGCCGGUCGGCAUGCCGGUGCGCCAGUCGGACGCAACCAGUGGUGGGAGCUCUUCGACGCGGCCAACAGCCGCUUCUACUACUACAACUGCACCAGCCAGCAGACGGUGUGGCACCGCCCACGGCCUGCGACGUGGUGCCCCUCGCCAGCUGCAGGCCAUGAAGCGGAGCUCCGAGAGCGAGCUCAGGGGCAUCGGGAGGCCCCAGUGGGGCAGCGGCGGCGGCGGGGGAGGCGGGGGAGGUGGGCUGGGAGGGGGUGCUGCCGCUGGGGAAGGAGAGGGCCGGAGGACGCCGCUACUGGGGUGAGUGCAGUGCCAGGGCCGCCGCCUCAGGAGCUGGACAGCAGCAUCGGCGGGAGAGAGACGCCCUCGACAGCAGGGAGAGGGGACAGUCUGGACGGAGACGAGAGGCCGUUAGGGACCCUGCUCAAAGAUGGCAGCCAGCUCCGGGGUCCAAGGCGGCCAUGUUGGUGAAGGUGAACAACACUGGCAGGAACCAGUCGCCUGGACCCUCUAGCACCUUACAGCUCCUCCACUUCGGCAGCAACAGCAGCAGCGGUAGCAGCAGCAGCGCUAGCAAGCCCCUUUACCCGGCACACAUCGACCGCACGGGACCUUUUGGAGCCAAAAUGGCCGUCCCCGGAGACCUGAAGCAGGCGUACCACCUCAAGAAGUCGGACAGCGGUAAUUUCGGCCUGAUCAUGCCCAACGCGAGUACGCCGGCUUUCCAGAACCCGCAGCGGUCGCAGGCUGGCACACCUCGACCCUCUUCGCCCCAGUACGGCGCCACCGCCGCGCCCAUCUACGACGAGCCGCCCAGGGACCCCCCGAUUUACGACGAGCCCCCGAUGGAGAUGGAGGUGGAAGGGGCGCACCUGCUGAACCGCCCGUCGCCCCUGCCCUACUCCCCCAGCCACAGCCUGCCCCGGCUGGGCCAGCCCAAGCUCCUCCAGUACCCUGCCUCCCACAUGGGGGCCAAGCACCGGAGGAGCCCGUCUGCUACGGAGUACAGCCCUGCAGGGCGGGAGUGCAUCAAGCACAUGGUGAACGUGGAUCCUGCCGCCGGCGCCAAGCCGGGCCUGAUCCUGACCCACUCCCAGGGGCUGCCCUCCGCUCCCGAAUCGGCCUCCGUGACGGGCGCGAUGCAGAGCCAAGCGCAGCUGCACCAGCAGCAGCAGCAGCCUCUGUCCCCGGCCCAGGCCCAGAAAGGGGGCUCUGUGGGAGGCGGGUGGCCUCAGCGGGAAGUGAGCCUGGAGAAGAAGCAGUCGUUGCGGCUGCUGGAGGCCGGCGUGCUGAAGAGCAUGGAGGCGCGGCACAGCCGCCAGAGCAGCCUGGCCUCGCAGCAGGAGUACCCGGGCCCCGCCGCCAUCACCUACCAGGACUCCGGCUACUCCACCGGCCCGUCGCCCAGCCUCCGCCGCAAGAACCGCCGACGACCCCCCGGGGCCGGCCUGGCGGGCACACCCACCGCCACCGCCGCCUCCGCCACCGGCACCGGUCAGUGCAGACCGGGGUCGGUGGGCAGCACCGGGGAGCUGAACGCCCUCAACGAGAAGCUGAUGGCGGAGAUGCGGGCGGUGGUGAGCCGCUCCAACACCAUCCACGGCAGCAAGGCCAGCCUGGACACGGAGAUGGGCUCGGAGACGGGCUCGGCCCCCCGCGCCCGCACCCCUCUGGGCUCGCUCCACAAGUACGCCGGGGGUGGAGGUGGCGGUGGAGGAGGGGGGGGAUCCACGCCCAGGCGCGGGGGCUCCAGGGAGGACAUGAGCGCCAGUAACCGCUCCCUGUACCGGGCGGCCGGGGGCAGUCACGCCGAGCUGCCCCUCUCGCCGCUGGCCGCGGAGGGAGGCGGGAGGCAGAAGCGCACCUACGAGAAGGUGGACUCGCUGGAGAAGAGCAUCACCUCCCAGACCAGCCUGUCCUCGCCAGAGCCACCCAGGACACCCUCACAGACAGGAACACUGGAAUCCAAGGGGCAGCUGGAGAUCUCACCACAGGGAGGUGGCAGCGGGCAUGGCGUGGGCACCGGUAGCACGCCGGCAGUCAGCGCCAACGACGGCUUCGGCCAGGACGGCAACGGCACCGGCAACGGCGGCAACAACAACAAUGACGGCAGCGGCGGUGUCGGCGGGCAGCUGGUCGGUAGUGGUGGCGGAGGUGGAGGUGGCGGCGGUGUCGGGGGCUACCAGUACCCGUACACCACCCUGUGCAAGCCCAGCCCGGACGCCAACAUGGUGGACUGGGCCAGCAAGAACCUGAACCUGCACACGCAGGGCCUGUUCCGCAGCCGCGUCUCCAUCGCCAACAUGCUCUCGUGGAACCGCGGCUCCAUCAAGAAGCCCAUGCUCAUCACCAGCGACCGCGCCGUCAAGAAGGAGGCCUGCGAGAUGUUCAAGCUGGUGCAGGCCUACAUGGGCGACCGGCCCGCGCGCAUCGACCGCAGCACGCCGCCCUGCUGGUGGUCACCAAGUGCUGGGGCACGCAGGGCCUGCGUGACGAGCUGUACGUGCAGCUGGUGCGGCAGACCACGGGCAACCUGAGCCUGCGCAGCCUGGCGUCGGGCUGGGAGCUGAUGGCCAUCAGCCUGGCCUUCUUCUCGCCCUCGCCCAAGUUCCGCCGCUACCUCGAGGGCUACAUCCAGCGCCACAUGGAGCCCAGCAACGACA